CAGUUUUUUUUUUUUUUUUUCAUUAAGCUAACAAUUUACCAUAAUUUAUUUGCCAAUGCUAAAAAUGGCCGGGACUAGUGCCGCGAAGAGAGCAGCGUCCCCCAGCCGCGCCAUCUCCCCACCCCCGCUGAAGAGAACCGCGGCGGCGACGACAAAGACGAAAACGACAGUCACAAAAAAAUCAGCCGCCAACUUCUUCACACCAGUCUCUCAAAAGAAGCCGGACUCCCUCGCCUGGCGGAUAGUCAACAAUACUUUGAUCAUUGGAAAGUACUCGGGGCAACAGCAGGAACCGUCGGCCGAGAAGAAGCAAAAAAUCGCUGCAUUUGAUCUUGACUCUACUCUGAUCACGUCGGCGUCUGGGGCAACCUUUGCGAGGAGCCCAAAGGAUUGGAAAUGGUGGGAUGCCUCUGUACCAUCUCGCGUAAGGGAGCUAAACUCGGAAGGAUACCAAGUCGUCGUUGUCUCGAACCAGAAACAGAUCAGCUUGAAAAAAGGGGCUGCAGAGUCGAAGAGCUACAGCAAUUUCAAAGAGAAAGUUACCGCUGUUUUGAAUGACCUGGACGUGCCUUUGAGUGUCUACGCGGCGACGGAGACUGAUGAGUACCGCAAGCCUCGGCUGGGGAUGUGGAGGGAGUUCCUCGAGGACUACGAUUUGGAUGUGGAGGGAGUAGAUUUGAAGAGCUCAUUCUUCGUCGGAGAUGCUGCUGGUCGGCGGGGGGACCAUUCGCUGGUGGACAGAGGAUUUGCUGUAAACAUCGGGGUAGAUUUUAAGACACCAGAGGAAUUCUUUCUCAAUCAGGCCCCGGAAGCGUUCGAGAAGCCCUUUGACCCUGCUUCAUACCUACACACCGGCGAACAAGAUCUUCCGCUCUUUACUCGUCUACAUCCCCUCGAACUCGUCAUAUUCUGCGGCAGCCCUGGGGCCGGGAAGUCAACGUUUUACUGGAAUAACCUCGAAUCGCUGGGAUACGAACGUGUAAACCAAGACAUCCUGAAAUCUCGCCCUAAAUGCCUCAAAGUCGCGCGAGAACAUCUGAUUGAUGGAAAGUCUGUCGCUGUUGACAAUACCAAUGCCGACCCAGAAACACGAGCGCAUUGGACCGCACUCGCAAAAGACCUUAAGAUCCCCAUCCGCUGCGUUUUGUUCCUCACCUCCCCUGAGUUGUGCAAGCACAACAACGCCGCGCGUGCUGUUAAUCGCACAUUGAACCCCGAAUCCCGGACCUCCCUCCCCGGCAUCGCAUUCGGAGAUUUCGGCCGACGCUUCAAGGAGCCCUCGCUUGACGAGGGGUUUAGUGAUAUCAUCCGAGUUAAAUUCCGGUUUCACGGUAGGGAUGAGGAGAAGAGAUUGUGGAGUCAGUAUUAUUAUUGAUUCUUGGUUUCAAUUUUACUAUGCUUGGUGCAUGGGAAAAGAGUUGUGAUUUACGUAUUUGAUACCAAUAUGGGCGCCCUUUGGAUGGAUGGAAUGGAAUGUAUUUGUAUUUCGACAUAAGACUAUUUACUUGAAUGGCAGCAAAAUCGAAUCAAGUCUAUUAUACAGGAUAUGGGUGUAUAUGCAGAUGAUAAAUGCU